AUGAGCCUUCCUCUUGGUGGCGGCGCCAUGGGCGCGCCGCCAGUGCCGAUGGGCGGCAGCGCCGAGGACCAGGGCGUCAAAGCUAUGAAAGCAGCCAUGGAGUCGUGCGUCGGCAAAUCCGUCAUGUCCGGCGUCAUGGGCUUCGGCAUGGGUGGUCUCUUCGGCAUGUUCAUGGCUUCUAUGUCCUACGACACCGUCGGCACAUCCCUCGCGGGCAACCAGGCCCACCAGGCCAUUGCCAACAUGCCGCUCCGGCAGCAGCUCAAGGUCGGCUUCAAGGACAUGGGCACGCGGUCCUUUUCCAUGGCCAAGAACUUUGGCAAGGUCGGCGCGCUCUUCUCCGGCAUCGAGUGCGGCAUCGAGGGCAUGCGCGCCAAGAACGACCUCGCCAACGGCGUGGCGGCCGGCUGCGUGACGGGCGCCAUCCUGGCCAAGAAUGCCGGACCGACGGCCAUGGCGGGCGGGUGCGCGGCGUUUGCGGCCUUUUCGGCGGCCAUUGAUGCGUAUAUGCGACAGCCGAGCGAUGAAUAA